AAAAACAGGCAAAUUCUUCCUUGGCUGAUGGCUCUGAUGCAUUUAGACACAAGUCGCUCCUUCCCCGAACUGUUCUUUACCCUGUACAUCUAGACCAAAGAGUUCCCUGCUCUGAAACUCUGAACCCUAACCUCAGUCCCAAUCGCUCCGAACGAAGUCUUCGAUAAGCGUAAAAUGGGGAGCGAGAGCAAUUUGAAAAUAUGGGUCUCAGACAAGUUGAUGUCGCUUUUGGGAUAUUCACAGCCAACAGUAGUGCAGUAUAUUAUUGGAUUAUCUAAGCAAGCAUCGUCGCCUGUUGAUGUUCUUGGUAAGCUAGAAGAUUUUGGGUUGCCAAUCUCCAGUGAAACACGCACUUUUGCGGAAGAAAUUUUUGCCAAAGUACCGCGCAAAGCUCCUGGGUUAAACCUUUACCAGAAACAGGAAAGGGAAGCAGCUAUGCUGGCAAGGAAGCAGAAGAGCUAUGCUCUUUUGGAUGCUGAUGAUGAUGAUGAUGAUGAUGACGAUGAUCUUGGUGCUGGCGUGGACGAUAAAUCUUCUGCUUCUGUUGUGUCCCUUUCGAAAACAGCAGACAACCAUAAGAAACGGUUCAGGAAGAAGAUUGAUGAUAAUCAAGAAGACGAAGAUGACGAGGUGAGUGCUCCUGCAGAAAAAGGAAAACGACUUAAAAGACAAAGACUGCAGGAUGACAAUGACGACUCCUCCGAGUCAGAAGAAGAAAGGUUACGUGACCAGAGAGAGAAGGAGCAGUUAGAGAAGAAUAUGAGAGAGCGGGAUGCAGCAGGGACACGGAAGUUAACGGAGCCAAAGUUAACGCGAAAGGAGGAAGAAGAGGCAGUUCGAAGAUCUAAUGUUUUGGAACAAAAUGAUAUUCUAGAUUUAAGAAAAGUUUCAAGACAAGAAUAUUUGAAGAAAAGGGAGCAAAAGAAACUGGAGGAGAUCAGAGAUGAUAUCGAGGAUGAACAUUAUCUGUUUGAUGGUGUUAAGCUAACUGAAGCAGAAUAUCGUGAGCUAAGAUACAAGAAGGAAAUAUAUGAGCUUGUGAAGAAGCAGACAGAAGAGACUGAUAACACAAGUGAGUACAGGAUGCCUGAAGCUUAUGAUGAUGAAGGGGGUGUAAACCAGGAUAAGAGAUUUGCUGUAGCUCUGCAGCGUUACAGGGAUCUAAGUUCUGGUGAUAAAAUGAAUCCAUUUGCAGAACAAGAGGCUUGGGAAGACCACCAAAUCGGAAAGGCUACCCUGAAAUAUGGUUCAAAAAAUAAAAAGCAAAUAUCUGAUGACUAUCAGUUUGUGUUUGAGGACCAGAUUGAGUUUAUCAAAGCAUCUGUGAUGGAUGGGGAUGAGCUUGAGGAUGAGCCACAUACUGAGUCUCUUGACAACUUGAUGGCAAAAUCAGCUUUAGAGAAGCUUCAGGAAGAGAGGAAAACCCUACCUAUAUAUCGAUAUCGAGAUGAAUUACUUCAAGCCAUUCAUGAUCAUCAGGUUCUUGUUAUUGUUGGAGAGACUGGUUCUGGAAAGACUACACAGAUACCUCAAUAUCUUCAUGAAGCUGGAUACACAAAACGUGGAAAGGUUGGAUGUACCCAGCCACGGAGGGUUGCAGCUAUGAGUGUUGCUGCCCGAGUUUCUCAGGAAAUGGGUGUUAAACUUGGGCAUGAGGUUGGCUACUCUAUUCGUUUUGAAGACUGCACAUCAGAAAAGACAGUACUCAAAUAUAUGACUGAUGGAAUGUUGUUGCGGGAAUUCCUUGGUGAACCUGAUUUGGCAGGCUACAGUGUGGUUAUGGUGGAUGAGGCCCAUGAAAGAACACUCUCGACCGAUAUUCUCUUUGGCUUAGUAAAGGAUAUUGCUCGAUUUCGGCCUGAUCUUAAGUUGCUUAUUUCAAGUGCUACUCUAGAUGCAGAGAAGUUCAGUGAUUAUUUUGAUUCUGCUCCAAUUUUUAAAAUUCCUGGGAGGAGGUUCCCUGUUGAAAUACACUACACAAGAGCACCAGAGGCUGACUACUUGGACGCAGCAAUUGUUACAGCACUGCAGAUCCAUGUUACCCAGUCUCCAGGGGAUGUUUUGGUGUUCCUCACUGGUCAGGAGGAAAUUGAAGCAGCUGAGGAGAUUCUGAAACACAGGACCAGGGGCUUGGGUACAAAAAUUGCUGAGCUAAUAAUUUGCCCUAUUUAUGCAAAUCUUCCAACUGAACUACAAGCUAAAAUUUUUGAACCUACUCCUGAAGGGGCACGUAAAGUUGUGUUGGCCACAAAUAUAGCAGAAACAUCAUUGACAAUUGAUGGGAUCAAGUAUGUCAUUGACCCAGGAUUUUGCAAGAUGAAAUCUUACAAUCCACGAACUGGGAUGGAGUCAUUACUAAUCACUCCUAUAUCUAGAGCAUCGGCAAUGCAAAGGGCUGGUCGUUCUGGACGAACAGGUCCUGGGAAAUGCUUCCGAUUGUAUACUGCCUUCAGCUAUUAUAAUGAAAUGGAGGAUAAUACGGUGCCUGAAAUACAGCGGACUAACCUUGCGAAUGUUGUGCUCACUUUGAAGAGCCUUGGCAUUCACGACUUGUUGAAUUUUGAUUUUAUGGAUCCACCACCGGCUGAAGCUUUACUGAAAGCACUGGAACUGCUUUUUGCUUUAAGCGCAUUAAAUAAGCUAGGUGAGUUGACUAAGGUGGGUAGAAGGAUGGCAGAGUUUCCUCUUGAUCCAAUGCUUUCAAAGAUGAUAGUUGCUUCCGACAAGUAUAAGUGUUCAGAUGAUAUAAUUUCGAUUGCUGCUAUGCUGUCUGUUGGAAAUUCAAUCUUUUAUCGGCCAAAGGACAAACAAGUUCAUGCUGACAAUGCACGGAUGAAUUUUCACACUGGAAAUGUUGGAGACCAUAUUGCGCUGCUUAAGGUGUACAGUUCGUGGAAAGAAACGAACUUCUCAACUCAGUGGUGCUAUGAAAAUUAUAUUCAGGUCAGGAGUAUGAAACGUGCCAGAGAUGUAAGAGACCAGUUGGAAGGUCUCUUGGAGAGGGUUGAAAUUGAACUGCUGUCCAAUCCCAAUGAUCUAGAAGCAAUAAAGAAGGCCAUAACAUCAGGGUUUUUCCCUCAUUCUGCAAGGCUGCAAAAAAACGGAUCGUACCGAACUGUUAAACAUCCUCAGACCGUCCACAUUCACCCCAGCUCAGGUUUAGCACAGGUGCUUCCACGAUGGGUUGUAUACCAUGAGUUGGUUCUUACAACCAAGGAGUACAUGAGGCAGGUCACUGAACUAAAGCCAGACUGGUUGGUGGAAAUAGCUCCUCAUUAUUAUCAGAUGAAGGAUGUUGAAGAGUGUAUGCUCUCUCUCUCUCUCUGUCUCUCUCUCUCUCUCUAUGCACGCAUGUACAGGGGUGAUUGCAAAGCAUCUCUACAUAAAGAAACUCUAUUGUAGCAAUGAGCUCUGGUGUAAAAUUUCCAGCACACUUUUGUACCGUUCCCAUUCAAAGUUCUUAAUUCUUUGUCUUCAAAUGCUCCAGAGAGCAGUAGGGGUUGCCAUGUUCCUUGUCCUUGGAUGAUCCAUACCAAUCUUUCACCUUACUAUUAGGUGUCACCCAAGCUACAGAAAGCCACUGCCAGAUCAUGAUGGUGAAGAAGCAGGAUGCAAGUGCUCUCUCCACUACACUUCCACAUUAAAGUACUGCUUAACUAGCUUUGCACCUCUUUUCUGGGAGAUCAUUCCCUGUAAGACUAUCCUCCCAACGAGCUUCCCAGGAGGGAAAAAAAAAAAAAAGCAACUUUUUUUGGGAGUACAAAAAAAAAACAACUUUUUUUGGGAUCUUUAAUACUCCAAAUGGCCUUCCUAGAAGAAGAAUCAGCAUAACUUAUGCUGAGUGCAGGUUUUAAUAAUUUUUCAAGAAAGUGAACCUACCAUUUUUACCAAGAAACAAUCUCAACAACUCCUUCCUUAUUUUCAAAAAUCCUGACUCCAUAUUGAGCCAACUGAUUCUAUCUCUACCAGCUCCCAACUCCAGUAUAAUUUUUCUACAUUUAUUUUCAUGAAACCAACAAACUUAGAGAAUGGCUCCUUACCAGUCAUGGUACUCUUAUAAAGCCCACCUAUGAGGGGUUUUAUUCCAUUUGUGAAACCCAUAAACUUGCAGACUACUAGUAACAGCUCAUUGCGAGUCAUGAUACUCUUUCAAAGCCAUACCAAGCAAGUGGGCUCUCACUCCACUUGUGAACCAUCCCCCACCACCACUACUGUACUUAUUUACAGCAAUCCUACUUGAAAAUCCACCUUCCAUCGCAAACCUCCAUAGCUGUUUGCCCUGAAGGGCCCAAUUGAACACCUACAAUUUCUUAGGCCCUGAACAUCUGCUUGGAGAGGGAGCAAACAAUGCUGCAGUUGAUCUUUUCUUCUUCUGAGUUACCCAGAGAAUCCUUUUGAUGCUUUUUCCCUGACCGUUUUUAGCCACCAAAGUUGGAAUGGUGAAAAGCAACAAGAUUGUAAGACUGGAAAUAGUGCUUCUAACCUUAACAUGUGUGCUUAUUUUGUUUGAUUCUGUUUUGGAAUAAGGGUUACCCACUAUCUUCUUGUACUCCAUCCCUCGUAUCUGAAGUUGCUCAGGAUUAAUUGCAAUUAUCAAGGAAAUGAGUACUGUCUGUACAGAUAUUUAGACAUUGUGCAGAGGGCGUUAAGAAUCCAGUAAUUGGGUUCUUCAAUUAGUUUUGAACUUCUUGUUGGUUCCACUGUGUUUUGUGGUGUAGUGAAGAAACUUUUGAACAGUUUGGCUGCUUGUGGUUAGUUUGCUGGUAUCAUUUUACUGUUUUGAUUGCUCAAUAUUCAAUUUCUGGCAGUGGGAUCAAAGAAAAUGCCCCGGGGAGAAGGCCGUGCUAUUAAAGACUAACAGGUGGCAACAGUGGGGAAGAAAAUCAAAUAUGUUGCUAUGAAACAGGGAAUGCUUUGUUUAAUCAAAUAUACCAUCUGGAGUGUGGAAUAAAAGAUGCUUCUCUGCGAAGGUGUGCGCACAAAGACUGCUGACAAGCUGCUGGGAAGGAACAGAGAAUGAGGAAUAAAAGAACUGUAAAUACAAUUUUGUAAUAUUUAGGCAGCCUUUUUCUUUCCAAGGGCCCUUUUAUUUUAUGUGUAUGCAUUGUCAAAGCAUUUCCCCAUUGUAUUGGGCCUUUUUUCUGUAUAUAAUUAUCGUAAACAUUGAUAAAAAUACGUGUUGUACUAUCUAAGAUUGUUGAUUUUUAGAAUCUUAUUUCAUACAAUUUAUCAUAGCAUGGAUUCCUUCUCAAA